CCGCUGCCGUUUGCUGACAGGCCUUGACCUGCGCCCAGCACAGUGUGCUCCACCGCCCUUUCUCCACAGGCCGGCACCUUCCGCCUCCCCCCGGGAGAGCUCCCCUGAGCGGCACGGACGGCGCUGCUGUUUCAAGGCUGCGGUGAGCCCCUGCACACAGACUGCCCUGCCCAAGCACGGCAGAAGCCAUGGCUGCAGCCUGGGCCCCAGGCUAGGAGCCGGCGGCCGCCGCUCGCCACUCUCCCCAGGCCCUCAGUCGCAGCGGGGCCGCCAUGACCCCGCGCGGUUACUAUGGAGACGGUGGCGCUGCCGCUCUGCGCAUGCCCCCUCCGGCGGGCUUCCGGCACACCAGAAGCUUCGGUAACGCGGGGCGCUGAGGGGGCGGCGAUGGAGCGCUACGGUGAGACGGCGCUGAGCGCGGCCUCCCCGCCCGACUUCAGAAAUGAGGGUUCAUUAACAUCAACUUUAAGAACACUUCUAUUCUUCACAGCUCUAAUGAUCACAUUACCUGUUGGGCUAUAUUUUUCAUCAAAGGCUUAUGUAUUUGAAGGUACCUUAGGAAUGUCCGACAGAGACAGCUAUUUUUAUGCUGCCAUAGUUGCUGUAGUUACUGUUCAUGUGGUCCUUGCUCUCUUUGUGUAUGUAGCGUGGAAUGAAGGUUCUCGACAGUGGCGGGAAGGCAAACAGGACUAGAAUGAAGAUCAUCAUCAUGUGAUGACCACGGACUGUAAAUUAAAUUUUUGUGAGCUGAAGGAAAAGCAUUCUUCAAAAUGUAUAAUACAUGUGUACAAAGAUGAGGUUAAUGCCUCGACUCUGGUUAGAAUAAGACUUGUGCUCAUCUUCAAUGUGUACCGGUGUUCUCUUUGAUGCUGAUGGAAGUUGUUCUUUAUCCGGGUUCUACUUGGUUGAGCUGAGGAGGUCUUCACCUAGAAUUAGAAUGAAAUAAUUAUAUAUUUUUUAAAAAAAAUCUUGUAGCUAUUUUUGCUGUUCCUAGUAUUUUUCUGGCUUGCUGUGAACAUAAUAUUGGCAUGAAGCAAGCAUUACAUUUUCAAGUAAUUAAACUGCUAGUUAAAAAACCUACAUUACUCACUUUCCAACUACAGUCAAAAAGGUGGAAUUUCACUUUGCUGUGGUUAGUUUCCCAAUUUAUGGGUGUUGUGGUUUGACCCCAGCUGGCCACUCAGCACCACGCAGCUGUUCACUCGCUCCCCACAAUGGGAUGAGGGAGAGAAUCUGAAGAGAAGAAGUGAGAAAAUUUGUGGGUUGGGAUAAAAACAGUUUAAUAGGUAAAGCAAAGGUCACACGUGCAAGCAAAGCAAAACAAGGAAUUCAUUUACCACUUCCUGGGGGCAGGCAGGUGCUCAGCCACCCCCAGGAAAGCAGGGCUCCAUCACGUGUAACGAUGACUUGGGAAGACAAAUGUCACCACUCUGAAGCCCCCUGCUUCCUUCUUCAUCCCCCAGCUUUAUAUUGCUAGGAAUGACAUCACAUGGCAUGGAAUAUCCCUUUGGUCAGUUGGGGUCAGCUGUGUCCCCUCCCAACUUUUUGUGCACCCCCAGCCCUUGCUGGUGGGGUGGUGUGAGGAGCAGAAAAGGCCUUGCCUGUGUGUGAGCACUGCUCAGCAAUAACGGAAGCAUCUGUGUACUAUCAGCACUGUUACAUAGCCCCGUAGUAGCUACUAUGAAGAGAAUAAACUCUAUCCCAGGAAAAAACAGAAUAGCAGGACAGACAUAAAUAAUGAAUUUCUGAAUUUAGAAAUAAUGGAAAAAUGCAAUUGGUUAGAAACUCAGGUCAUGUUUCUCUAAUGUGAAAUGCAAAUUUUUUUCAUUUUCAUGUGUAUUUUUUUAUUUCAGUGUAAAAUUCACUCUUUGAUUUCAUUUUGGGAGGAUUGUCUUAUUACUGCGUUGCUCGUCUUUCCACUCUUCUACACUUAAUCUUGAUAAUGCAAAGGAAACGGCACAGCAUUUUUCUAUGUCUUUGCAUUUAUGUAUCUCCUUGAUAAAGGAUGUAGUUGGCUUUCCUGUGGUAAAGUAGUAUCGGUAACAGCUAUAAGCCACUCUAAUGGCUAGCAGAGGAACAAGGAAGAGAAAACAAGCUGUAGCCAUCUGCAAGUGUUGUCCUUUAUGAAGCAGAACACAAGAGUGAUCACAUGGAAUAUUUGCUUCUCUUCAUAAAUACUAACUUACACACUGUGAAAUGAUACGAUAUGUUGAUCGAUUUCUUUUUUUUCUAGGUUGUGAGUAGCAACUUUCUAUAUUCCAACCAUACUGAGAUUUUUGUGUUGUGGGAUUACCUGGAUUUCACUUCACUGUUGUACUGUUGUUAGCAACCAUUUUAAUCUGGAGAUAAAGCUUUUUUCCAAAGGACUUUCCUAACACUGAUGAUUGCUGUUAAGCUGUUGUGCUUGAGGUCGUUCUGUUAAUUUGAAUUUUCCAAUUUGUUGUAUUAGUUGAGCCUUAUUUGGAAGUGUUUUGCUUCAUAUAGGGCUUGGAAUAGUUUCGGUGCUCCAUUUGUCCAUGGUAAAAUUUAGCUAUAAAUGAGACAAAAAUUGUUUAUCCAUGCCCAGUGGCUUGAGGAGUGUGUCCCCAGGGCUCAUUACUCUCAUCUCCACUCCCAUUCCAGGUGUGCGCAAGCAUAUACACUUCAUCACAUUAACACAAAUCAAUUUUUACAUUUUGUUUCUAAAAUGUUAACUUUUCUCACCCAGAAUCCCAUUGUCAGCUUGCUGCCAGCAAACCGGAGAACGGUCUCAUAGUACUUGAAAUACAAAUUUAGUUUUUAAGUUGGCAUAUUGGCUUCCUGUUCUCCCAUAUAUGAACUGUACAUUGUAGAACAAAUACUGCCUUUUAAUAAAGAAUUACCCCGCAACACAAGAUCCAGUAAACAAGCACUUGUCCUGAACAGUUUUUGAAUAAUCUUUUUAAUACUGCUCGUGUAUUACAACAAUGCUCAGCUUACAACCAAUAGAUCAGGUGUGGCACUGUUCAGUAUCUUUUUUGUUUGGGUUUUGUUUUUUUUUUGUACUCCAUUUAUAGUGGCAAAUAAAUGGGAACAUAACUGUCA